UAAACUGCAUGUACUCAAUCUGUGAUGACUUUUUCCCAUUCCAAGCAGUACAUUUUCUUUUCUUACUUCAUCAACAGUAUUUCCUUGCUUUAUUUUUUUUUUAAUUAAGAUACACUAUUGUAGGUUGUCUUGACUUCACAGGAUAGAUGUGAACAUACAUCCAGGGCUGAGCCCUCUCUUCUGUUCUUCCAUUUCUCAUUACUACUUGCCUGACAUGUAAGGGAUUUUUUUUAUACUUUUUAAACCUCAUUUUCCUACAGGGCAAUUAAAAUUGUAAGCUAAAUAAUUCUUUCUCUCUUUUUUUCCCCCCCUUUUCUUUCCUAUUGGAACUCAUAUAAAGAAAGUAUUUUGCAAAUGGAAAUGCUUGUGCCAUGCUCCUUUGAGUUUUAGUGUUUCUUGGAUAAACUGCACAUUUACUGGAAAUCUCAGUGGCUCAGGAGCUGAUCCAGUGGGUCAGGGUUGCAAAAGAGGAAGUCUUACUCCCUUCUCUGCAAUCCAUCAAACCCUGGUGCUUAUCAGUUCCUUGCUUGAGCUUCCUAACCUGACUUGGAACUAUCCAUUGACUUUCUCAAUAGUUUUAUUUUGUACCAUCCUGCUGAGCUGGUGCUGUAUGGAAAAGGGCACGAACACACCGUGGGGAGGGGCAGCCCAACCUCCCAGCUCUUGCUAGCUGAGAACUUUGUAGUUAUUUCAGAAUUUCAUGGAUUUUCACAUAAAAUGAUAUUUUUGUUACGAAUUUUUUUUUUUUUUUUGUAGGCAUCCUUCCAGGUGUAGAGACAUGGUAUCUUACAUUGUAACUUACAGCAGGAGAGACUGUUUCAUAUAUAAUAAAAAUAAUGGAGAAGUAGAUACAAUUUUUUCAGUAGGAGAACUGAACUUCUAAAAUAGGGGUCUUGAAGGUUUGCUUAUAUUCACAUGUCCAGUUUUGAAAAGAACCAGCUGAGCAACGUACCACUGUAGGAUGCUUCGCCAUGCCCUAGGAAAAACCUUCCGAUUUCUGGGGUACACGGUGCAAUAUGGCUGCAUAGCACACUGUGCCUUUGAGUACCUUGGAGGAAUUGUUGUGUGUUCUGGACCUUCAAUGGAACCAACCAUUCAAAACUGUGAUGUUGUGUUUUCGGAGAGCCUCAGCCGCCACUUUUAUUGUAUCCGAAAAGGAGAUAUUGUAAUUGUGAAAAGCCCAAAUGACCCCAGAUCAAAUAUCUGUAAAAGAGUAAUUGGCUUGGAAGGGGAUAAAGUCUGCACAAGCAACCCUUCAGAUUUCCUUAAGAGUCACAGCUAUGUGCCUAAAGGACAUGUUUGGUUGGAAGGUGAUAAUCUCAGGAAUUCUACAGAUUCCAGGUGCUACGGGCCUGUUCCUUAUGGGCUGAUAAGAGGACGCAUUUGUCUUAAGAUAUGGCCUCUGAAUGACUUUGGAUUUCUACGUGCAAGCCCCAAUGGCCACAGAUUUCUUGAUGAUUAAAAGACUUAAGUUACUAUUGACAGUUUUCAUAGUAUUUUCUACUAGAAUGAAUGGAAC